UCUAUACAUCAUCUGACCAACUGCAACUGUCUUACAGUAGUAGGUUAACUGUUGCAAAAGCAUAUUUAGGAAAAUCAGGAAGUAGAAAAUCAGUCUGUCAGUGCGUUGGUUCGUGUAGUUUUGUCUUACUCUGCUCCCUCACCGACAUGACUGUUCAUCUCAGCUUUCUCCUCAUCCUCACUGGACUCACAGGAAUUCACAGUGUAACUACAGUCAGUCAAGUAUCAGUGAAAGUUGGAGAGUCGAUCACUAUCCCAUGUCUCUAUGACUCACAAUACAAAAACCAGGUGAAAUACUUGUGUAAAGGAUAUUAUUGGUCCUCCUGCUCAUAUGCAGUUCAAACAAACCAACCACAGAAUCCAGGAAAGUUUUCAAUCUCUGAUGACAAAAACCAAAGAAUCUUCACUGUGACUAUAAAAGAUCUGACGGAUAAGGAUGCUGAUUACUGGUGUGCUGUGGGGAUUAAUGGGGGGGCAGAUAUCAGAGAGAAUUUUCACCUGUCAGUCACCAGAGGUACGCCCGGUCUCUAUGUGGAUUAUCAGAAGAUUACAGGAUUUAAUGGAGAAAAAAUAACCAUCAAUUGUCAAUAUAGUAACUCUGGAGAAGGAAAGUGGUGUAGGCUGGGCAGCUCUUGUGUUUCAAGGCCAUGGGGAUCAAUAGAUGGAACAACAGUGACCAUCAAUACGAGUGUCCACAAUGUUUUUACUGUGACUAUGAGUGGACUGAAGACAAAGAGCAGCGGCUGGUAUUUGUGUGUUAAAGGAGACUUACAGAUGCCAGUGCAUGUAACUGUUACUGAGCAACCUACCACUAAAGUGAAUCAACCUUCUGUCUUUCCAAGCGAAGCACCCACAGCUCAUGGUGGACACCCAAGCAUUUCCUCCAGUUUCUUAAAGAGUUUCAGCAUCCGUCUGAGCUUGUUGAUCUUUGUAAUGGUGACCUUGUUCAUCUGGUUUAUGUUCAAAAGACACAAGCAGACCAAAGCAGAAUCAUCAGCCACAUCAACGAGGAACUAAGAUGCUUCAGAAAAACUUCAAACGAGAGGUCACAUGUGGAAUGAUGUGUGUGGUUAAAGCAACAGACAAAGGAACACUUUUCACAUACUGUAGUUCUGUAUUUUCUGCACAAGUCAAAAUGUUGCACUUUUUUUGAGUUACUUUAUUUUUCCAAACUUGCAUCAUUUUUGCUUUGCAUGACAUAGCUUCUUUGUUCUUCUGUCCUCAUUUUCAUUUUUCUUUUGUUCUCCAACAGGUUGAAAAGAUGAUAGUGUUAUGUAUAGCAUGAUGUCUCAGCACCAAGUUUAUUUAGUUUUUUUCUCCUUUGCCAUGCAUUUGUAUCCACCUCUGCAUAGCUGCAAAACAUCACAAACAAGCACUGACCUGUUUGUUUGACAAGGGCAGUCACAAGUCUUUAUCUGCAGUACAAGUAUAUUGGGUUUACUGUUUUUAUUUAAUAGGCAUCAACAUACAAUUCUAUAAAACUGAUGUUUAUAAAUUCAUUGUGUAUACUAGCUGUCACGGACACGCCAGGCUCCACAACCUCACAACCACAGCGUACUCCCUCACCAGAAUUCUAAUCAGACACCUGUUGCCAAUUACACACCUGAUACUCAUCUGCAUCGCUUCAGCUCCAGUACAAAAACACCCCACUCACCUCAGUCAGUGUCUGGUCUUGUUUCUGCAAGGACAUUAUGCGCCUCCCUACCAGACAAUGCAGUGGACUCCAGCUGUUGAACAGUGUGUUUUUGCCUCUCCUGAGUUCCUGACUCCCGGUCUCCUACCCCACUAAACAAAGGACGGUAUCGGUAACCAUCAUCACCCAUUCUACUCACUGCUUGUUUAAACUUGUGUACAAUAAAACCAUCUGUGUCUCCA